AUGGAUACUGAUGAAUGCACUUAUUCUACAACGGUUGAUGCUACGAUUGAAAUUGAUGAUGACGUUGUUCAGGGUAUUAACGCUGUAGAAGUGAGUGCUAAAAAACGAGGUCCAUGGAUACGACCACCUCUUCGUAUAGAAGAUGUACGUAUACGAUGUCCAGACUCGCUUAGGAUUCAUGGUCUCAGCGAUGAAGCUUUGACAUUGCUGUGUUCACAUCUAAAUAUGCCUUCUUAUGGUUCACUCAGGAAUUGGGAUUCUGUUGGGAUACAACUUGGGAUUUCGGACACCGAGAUACUGUCGUUUCGACAUGAUCCCAAACCAAUGGAAGCAGUUCUGCGGAAGUGCAGUGAUCUUCCAGCAAAAGAUCUCAUAAAAGCGUUGCAGUCCUGCAAACGGGUCGACUUGUUAUAUUCUCUGCGUAAAUUGCAACGUCUAGGAAAAAUGGAGAAACCAGUAGGACGUUUUGUUGGUCUACAUUCAGCGUCAAUUUCAACUGCUUUCUCUCUGAAUGAUAGAAGUUUUGACACAAGCAGAGAAAAAUAUAUUCUGGUUGUUCAUUAUGAAGAUAGUCCCGAAGAAACACGGAAUUUCAAAUGGUUGCGGAAAAAUCUGAGGCAGCAUGCUUCUCACCAAGGUUUUCGCAUACUUGAUAUAGCGGAGUUGGACAUUGACGCAAAUUUAACGUCUACAGUGGAAGACGCUUUUAUAAGGGCUCAUCAGAUUGUUGUCAGCUUUACGCCAUCGCACAUUGAGGCAGUGAAAUCGAGAAGUACUGCGUGCAGGAGCGUGGUAUAUGUUCACGAUCUUAUGAAUCAGGAGUUUUUCACUAUGAACAGCGUUAACAAGCGAUUUCGAGCAGUUAUUUUCGAUGACACACAGCUGAGUGAUCUUCCGGUUGGCUGGCCACGCUCAACACUUGUGUACCAUUUUCCUAUCAACAUGGCCGCUCUUUGCGCAAAGAUCUUCAAGCGAAGCGAUCUGGAUAACACUAAUACAUUAUAG